UUUUAAUUCCUUCCUUGAGUCAGGCAACUCUUCAGUCAACUUAUCUUGUGGCUCAUGAACCUGAUGACGAUAACAUUCUCCGAACUCGGACAUAUGAUCUCAGCAUAACGUAUGAUAAGUAUUACCAAACUCCUCGUGUUUGGCUGACCGGUUAUGAUGAGUCAAGGAUGCUGCUACAACCUGAACUUGUAAUGGAGGAUGUGAGCCAAGACCAUGCUCGUAAAACGGUCACAAUUGAAGAUCAUCCACAUUUGCCUGGGAAACAUGCUUCAGUCCAUCCAUGUCGGCAUGGAGCUGUUAUGAAGAAAAUCAUUGAUGUAUUAAUGUCGCGCGGAGUAGAACCUGAAGUUGACAAGUACCUCUUCCUGUUCUUGAAGUUCAUGGCAUCAGUUAUUCCAACAAUCGAGUAUGAUUACACAAUGGACUUUGAUCUCGGUAGCUCAAGUACCUAAUACCAGAUUUAAACAAACAAGAAGCAAUCACUGGUUUCAUGGAUGGCUGGAUGGCUCUGCACUGUACAUAAAACAGAGUCCUCACUUUCAUUUCUCUUCAAAAGAAACUGGUUUAAUCACCCGUUUAUCUCAAGUUUACGCGGAUGAAUAGUAUUUUGUGACGAUACUCAGAAAACGGGUAUAUGAUCAAAACCGAUUUCGUGUAGCCUAGAAAACGGAAUGUGAUUUAGUGUGUUUGGUACACUCUUUUUUUGGAAAAGUUGGGUUUAAUGUUUCAAAUGACAUAUUGUGAUUGAAAUCACUGUUUUUCUUACUACA